UAAACUAUACAUUCGGAACAAAAGAGGCACAACCAGAAGAAGACCCAUCAGUUGCAGCUCGACUUGCCCGACUACAAAAUGACUAUGAGACUAGUGGAAUGCGACGUACAGUAGAAGGCGUGUUGGUGUUUUUGACUGAGUCUUUACUCGUCCAUAUUAAUUUGAUAUUUUUCGCCUUCGCCUCGUCAAACGUCCGAUAUGAUGAUGACAGACCAGGCGAUUAUUUAAGACCAGGCGAAGAUGAAAUCGAAGGACUAAAAAAUAGAUUAAGUGAACGUCUUGCUCCAGUCACCAAUAAUUAUAAUGCUGUUACAAAUUCAGCAGGAGGUUCGGAACAAAAUUGGGAAAUCGGCGAAUGUUUGAGUGUAUGGUGGCGUCCAAAUUUUGAAACUUUUAUG